AUGGCGACAACUACGAUAACAGCGACCGUCCGGAAGAAGGAUGCCAACCUCCCGCCCGAGAACGAGCGAUUCUUGCGCUGCUGCGCUGAUAUUGCCAACGCCCUUAUCGAAGACCAUGAGGCUUAUAAAGAUCCCAAGAAUCCUAAGCGAGAUAUAAACCUCAAUAGCUUGCGCUCCAAAUUCUCUAGAAAACACAAAAUCGCCAGCAUGCCCCCGCUCACUGCCAUCAUCGCCGCCGUCCCCGAACACUACAAGAAAUAUAUCUUACCAAAACUGAUCGCAAAACCUAUUCGCACUUCUUCCGGAAUUGCCGUUGUAGCUGUUAUGUGUAAGCCGCAUAGAUGCCCUCACAUCGCCUACACUGGCAAUAUUUGCGUCUACUGCCCAGGUGGACCCGACUCCGACUUCGAAUAUAGCACCCAGUCCUACACGGGAUAUGAACCUACGUCCAUGCGCGCUAUUCGCGCUCGAUAUGACCCUUUCGAACAAGCUCGUGGCCGUGUCGACCAGCUGAAGUCCCUCGGGCACUCGGUUGACAAAGUCGAGUAUAUUAUAAUGGGUGGUACAUUUAUGUCAUUGCCUGUGCCGUACCGAGAAGAGUUUAUUUCCCAGUUGCAUAAUGCUCUAAGCGGUUAUCAAACGACGAACGUAGACGAGGCGGUUGAGGCUGGUGAGAUGAGCAAUGUCAAAUGCGUCGGUAUUACCAUCGAGACUCGACCGGAUUACUGUUUGCAGCCACACCUAACGGAUAUGCUCCGCUACGGAUGUACGCGCCUAGAGGUCGGGGUUCAAUCAUUGUAUGAGGAUGUCGCACGAGAUACCAACAGAGGGCACACCGUGGCAGCGGUUGCGGAAACGUUCUGUCUUGCUAAAGACGCCGGGUUUAAAGUUGUCUCGCAUAUGAUGCCCGACUUACCGAAUGUGGGCAUGGAGCGCGAUUUAGAUCAGUUUAGAGAAUAUUUCGAAAAUCCAGCAUUCCGGACCGAUGGCUUAAAGAUCUAUCCGACGCUAGUUAUUCGUGGUACGGGGCUUUACGAGUUAUGGCGCACAGGCCGUUACCAGAAUUAUACGCCUAACGAUUUAAUCGACAUUGUUGCUAGAAUCCUAGCAUUGGUGCCGCCAUGGACUAGAAUUUAUCGAGUUCAGAGGGACAUUCCGAUGCCGCUGGUCACCUCAGGUGUUGAAAAUGGAAAUCUCCGAGAAUUAGCACUUGCUCGGAUGAAGGAUUUCGGUACAACGUGCCGCGAUGUAAGAACCCGCGAGGUCGGGAUUAACGAAGUCAAGCACAAGAUCCGGCCGAAUCAGAUCGAACUCAUUCGUCGGGAUUAUACAGCCAAUGGUGGGUGGGAGACCUUCCUAGCCUAUGAGGACCCCAAGCAAGAUAUCUUAGUCGCAUUGCUUCGUUUGCGUAAAUGCACCGAAAAGUACACCUACCGUGAUGAAUUGACUGGUCAGCAAACUAGUCUCGUCAGGGAGCUUCACGUAUACGGUACUGCCGUUCCGGUACACGCUAGAGAUCCCAAAAAGUUCCAACAUCAAGGCUUCGGUACCCUCCUGAUGGAAGAGGCGGAACGCAUCGCGCGUGAUGAGCACGGAAGCGACAAGAUCAGCGUUAUCAGUGGUGUCGGAGUGAGAAGCUAUUAUAGAAAGCUUGGGUACUGGUUGGACGGGCCCUACAUGAGCAAAUGGCUUGAUGGUCGUCCGCAAAAGCAGUCUUGA